AUGCAUCCCUACCAUGCUUGCUCUUCUCCCCCUCCACCCAUGCCUCAGCAGCUCUUCCUGUGCAGCGUGGGCGUUUCAUCAAGGCGUUGCGGGAGUGCAAGGGAGCGUGUAGCAGUGCGGAGGGGCAUGGCUGUGGUGCUGCAUGAGCGCCGUCACAGGUUCCCUCCCAUCUCCUUCAUUGACCGCUCGUGCCAACAGGUAGAGUUUGGCAAACGUGCUGGCGGCUCACAUCCUUGGGUGCUUCUCAUGCCGCCUCUCGCCCGCCCAACCACUUCGCUCGUCACUGCUGCCACUCUGCAGGAGCGGGAGAAGCAGGCGCGCAAGAAGGCAGCAGCAGCAGGUGUCCCAUACGUGGAAGGGGCAGCAGAGGCGCCAGCAGAGGGCGACGCCCCAGACGACACCACCAGAAGAGCCUCUGCAGCCGAGGAGACCAGCAGAAGAGCAGUUGACGCCGCUGCCAACAGCAAGGGCGACGCGGGCAAGGGCGGAGAGGAGGAAGAAGAGGCAGGGCUGGUCGAGGAGGGAGCAGCGUGGGCGGCAGGCACUGGUGGCGCUGAGGAAGAAGAAGAGUGGGUGGAUGAGUGGGGGUGCCCUUUGGGGGGUGCCGGGCUGGUUCUUGUUAUGCUCGCUAUUAUCAUCGCUUACUUUGUGCAGAAGGCACUGAACCCGGCACAGCCCCAUAUUUGA